AUGGACGACGAUCCUCGAUAUUUCACACCUAUGUCUCCCGCGCGUCGGCACUCCUCUAGCGCAGAAGCGCGCGACAGUCUCAAUCUCCCAUCUGGAAUCUUGCGACAGGGUUCUCCUAACCAUGACGAAAGAAGAUGGACUAUGCUCGAACAGGCGGACAAUCCAGUUCGCUUUCUUCAUCACCUGCCAUACAUCAAACGUCAACGACAGCAUCUGCAGAGACUAAGGGUACGCGCAAGAGAUCAACGAGAUGAGAUGAGGUCGACGAGGCGACGACUGCACCACAUCACGUCGGAGCUCCUGAAAGCGACCCAAGACUUCUCAUCUACAGGACAGGUCAGCCACGAUAUCGCCAAACAAUUCCAAGAUCUGGAGCUGGUUAUAAAAGAGAUGGAUUCGCAGGAGAUUGACAAUGAUGCACUGGAAAGCGAUCUUAUCCCCGCGGAGUGGAAGCUCAAGGAGGCGGAAACGGCGUUGUACGACCAGAUUCUCGGGACACCAGCUUCUGACAUGAAUGGGUCUGAUCGGGAGAGCUUGUUGACACCCAGGACUCCGCAUCAUAGCCCACCUUCCCAUCCAGCAGGUCUGGUGAUGGCGCAGCCUCGUGGAGCAACGGCGAAAGACCGCAUCUCGGCGCUGACAUCGAGCGAUCAAGAAGUGAGGGAUCGUCUGGCAAUCUUGGAAAAAGACCAUGCGGCGCUUUUGCAGCAUGUGGCCAUGCGAGCAGAGGCGGGAAUGCCCCCAGACGACUAUUCGCAGCAACUACUGGACACUUUUCCGCAACGGCGCGGCCAACUGUGGAAAGAGUUAGCCCACAUUGCAGAGCAACGCAGUGCUCUUGAAGAGGCUUUCCCAACCAAUUCCCCCCCACCUUUCAAGGCAUCUGAUAUUUUCUUUGGACUGGAUCAAUUUUUUGGUGUCGACACUAAUGUUAGCACACAGGAUUCGAGGCCGGACGGCGAUGAGGCCAUGUCUCUAUCUUUGCAGUCCGAAGACGACGAAACGCGCGCCGACGACAUCGCGCCUUUCCUAUCACAGCCUGUUUGGGACGGGUUAUCACAUUCCCCGGAUUCAAUGCAACUCGAUUCCGUUUCCCAUGUACUCAUCCCCACUUUCUUCUGGGACGUGCGCGACCCCGUUACGGACAACUUUUCGAAUUUCAUUUCCAUGUGGAUUCUCAGGUGUCUUCAGUCGUCAUGGUGGUCUUUCGUCCGGUUCGCCUUCGAAAGUGGUCUUGAUGACAAGUUCUCGUACAAGACAAUUGCAAGCUAUAUGAAGAAAACGUGGUUUGGCCCAGGGGUGGUUCCUCCGCGUCCGCUUGCGCUCAGUGAGAAACCUGAGAGUGUGAAUACCUCUCAGCUGCCCUAUCACGACAGCUUCACUCGUUCCCCGGACUCAAAUCUCACGCAGGAGCAAGGGUGGGAAAGCCACUACCCGAAGAGACGCCAUCGGUCUGUCGACUCGGCAGCUUCCAGGCCUCGGCGAGGGACCGGCGUUCACGGCCGAGCAAAGACACAAUGA